AUGCCUUCCAUAUGGGACUAUCUUCACUUUAACCGCCAGUAUUCGAACAAGAGAAAUCUAGAAGAAGGCCUUUUUCAAAUCGCUUCGCAGACAUGCAAUAUUCUAGUGAAGGUUAAUAACACAAACAACAUAAACUUGACAAGGAAUGAUAGGAGCGACGAGUAUGGAUGUGCCGGGCCCCCCACAGGAAAAAGUUCGAUGCAAAUUUGUGUUCCGAAGUUCAGAAAAAAUUCUAUCACUGCGGGCUGCAAUCCUGGUCUGUCGACUGUUCUAGAGUCAGGGAGUGUGGGGAACGCGUCGUCGUCUGAUGAGGAGUUGGAGCAGUGGGAACAAAUAUUCAUGAUGAGAGAUGAAAAUGGAAAUAGCUAUAAUGACAAGAGGAAAAAACGCAGCAUAUGGUGUCGUCCCUCAUGUAUUCCUGUUUCAAUUGUGAUUUUGUUAAUAGUUCUUGUUGUAUUAGUGCCAUUAUUAGAUCAGCCAAACGUUGUUCACGUGAUGUCACCAGCUGCUCCCGUAACUGUGCAUUGCUCAGAUGAGUGUAGGUUAUCGUUAGUGGAAAGUAUUCCCGAAGGGCAUAUGUAUCCUGCAAAUAUGACGCAUACGCCCACUAAAAAUGUUUGGUUAGAUUUAAUAGAUGAAGCUCAAACGUCUAUAGAGAUAGCGUCUUUUUAUUGGUCUCUUAGGUAUAAUGAAUUUUAUCCAUAUAAUUCUUCUAUAGAGGGAGAACAAGUGUUCCAAGCACUGUAUGCUGCCGGGUCAAAAAGGAAGAUUAAUUUAAAAAUUGCUCAAAACUGGCCUACUAAAGCUUAUCCUAAUAUAGAUACCGAAUAUUUAGUUAAGAAAAAAGCAGCGCAGGUUAGAAGCUUAAACUUUUCGAAACUUUUGGGCAAUGGCGUGCUACAUACGAAGUUCUGGAUCGUGGAUCGAUCACAUUUUUAUAUUGGCAGUGCGAAUAUGGACUGGAGAUCCCUGACUCAGGUAAAAGAGCUGGGCAUAGUGGCGUACAACUGUUCGUGUCUCGCGACGGACUUGGGGAAAAUUUUCGAUGUGUACUGGGAGCUCGGGGCUCCGGACGCGGUUGUGCCCGAUAGCUGGCCGGACUCACUCGCCACCGACAUCAACAUCUUGCACCCGGUCAAUUUCACCGACGGGCCGCGACACUACGGCGCCUACAUCACCAGUUCCCCGCCACCGUUCAGCCCAGCAGGAAGGACGAACGAUGAUGAUGCAAUAGUCUCCAUCAUUGAAUCCGCCGAGGAGUUCAUCUACAUAUCCGUCAUGGACUACGCACCUGCGCUGGUCUACACGCAUAAGUUAAAGUUUUGGCCUAAAAUAGAUGACGCGAUCCGCGCAGCAGCCUUGGAGCACAAGGUGAAGGUUCGGAUGCUGAUCAGUUGGUGGAAGCACUCGCACCCUGAGGAGGACUACUUCCUAAGAUCCCUCACCGCUCUCUCUCAGUCCUACCCCCGAGUCGAUAUACAAGUGAAACGUUUCGUAGUACCAUCAACGCCAGAGCAGGACAAAAUACCGUUCGCCCGCGUCAACCACAACAAGUACAUGGUCACAGACCGUGCAGCCUUAAUUGGCACUUCCAACUGGUCAGGGGACUACUUCACUACGACCGCUGGAGUGUCCUUCGUGUUCCAAAACUUUGAGAAUGGUCUUCUUCAGAACAUGACCCAAGAUAUAAGGAGAGAACUGCAGGAGGUUUUCGAACGAGAUUGGACUUCCCCAUACGCUGUGCCGCUGCGAAAAUUAUAG